UCAGUAUUCAAAAAAUUUGUGAAACUUGGUUUACUUUAAAACAGUGGAUAUUAAGUUAAUUUAUAAUAUUCAAAUUUGCAAAUAUCUUCUAUCGCAACUAGAAAGAAAAUUUUUAUAUAUAAAGAGUUUUAACUCACACGUAGUAAGUUAAGAUGAACUCCAAUGCAUGGAAGCGUCUUCAAUUCGAAUAUGAGAAUUGGCAUUUAACUAAUUUACCAAACAUAACAGCCAAUCCAAUUCGCAAGGCUGAUGAAAGUUUUAAUUUUUUUGCAUGGGAAUGCGUUAUAAAUGCCGACAAAUCUACAGGCUUCGAGAUAGAUCAAUUUCAAAUUUUAUUGACUUUUAAUAAGAAAUAUCCAAAUCUUCCACCAAAGUGUGUGUUCAAGUUGCCGAUUUUUCACCCAAACGUUACCAUAACGGGAGAAAUAUGGUCUAAUUUACUACGCAAUAAAAAAGGUCGAAUUCCACCUUUAACAGUAGAAGACAUACUUUCCGAUAUACAGCAUAUAAUAUUCAACCCUGAAGUACAUAAUAUUGCCAACAUUGAUCCCGGCUAUUUGUAUCUAUCAAAUAAAGAUACAUACUGGGACGUAGUCAAAAAAUAUGGUUUCACAUUAACAAAUAAACAUCAAGAGUAUCUACAAACAUUAAUUAAGCAAGAAUGUGAUGAUGUAAGUCGAUAUAGUAAUUUGAAAAACAAUGAAGAGGCUGAAAAUAAUUUGGAGGACUAUGACUAUAAAGUUGAAAACAAAAAUGAGGAUGAUGACGGAUCAUAUCAGGAUGAAAAUGAUAAUCUAUAUAAAAAUGUAACCGAAGAAGAAAGUGACGAAGCUCAAAAUAUGGAAAACAAUGGCUUUGUUUCAAAUUUUUCAGACAAUGAUAAUCAAGAUAUAUUUUUUAACAAAAUGGAGUCUAUGCUGAAUGAUCUGGAAAAGUUUAUUGACAAUAAACUAGAUGCAUAUCUAACAGAAUUUAGGAUAUAUGCUAGAGAAAUCAAUGGAAGAAGAGAUGAAAAAAGUAUGCGUCUUUGUGCUGAUCAAGACAAUCCAAAUUUUGAUCUAAUUGAAAACAAAGAUGUAAAUAAAAUACAGUCUCACCUAUUGCAACCGAGCCAACAUUCAAUAGUCUUUGAUGAAUGCAAUAUAAAAUUAACAGAAAUUCAGGAUAUAUUACAAAAUUUACAACUGCCAGAGAGUUCUUUAUAUCUAGAACAGAAGCAAGAACAUGAACAGUUAUAUACUUCCACUGAUAGUACAGACAGUAGUAACAGCAAUGAUUAUUAUGUACCAAUGCCAAGUCAUGUUAAAUCUAUUUUCCAAACUCAAGAUAACAUUGAUAAAGUAGAUAAAUUGAUGACAAAACAAGGUGGGAAAAAUACUGAUCGGACAGUAAUUAAUGAUCGAGAAAAAGAGAAACGUGAAGAAUUGAAUGUAAUUAAAUCAUCUGAAGAUAAGCAUGUGUCUCAAAGUAAUAAUGAAACUAAAACCAUAUUUAACACUAUAAAUGCAAAUCAGAGUUUAAUGGGAGAAGAUGGGUUACGAGAUUUAAGAAAAAGUAUGACUGAUGUAUCUAAUGAGUUGGUGGGUACCUCUUUAAAUACCGUUAAUAUAGAUGACAAAGAAAAGGAAAAUGCUGAAAACAAAGUUUAUUCCGAAAUAAAUAACGUUGAUCUUGAUAAUAAAGAAAUAAAAGAUGUGAAUGGAAAUAUGGAGGAGGAAAAAGAACCAUUAGUUCUUUAUGCCUUUGAUGAUGAUGAACAUAACUUCCAAUACGAUAAUAAGAAAAAAGAAAGUAAAUUGUCAGAAGAAUGGAUUUGGAAGUUAUAAACAAUAACGUAGGAGUAUAC